AUGAAGUAUCAGGUCCAGUACCGCGCCCCCUCUCCCCCGCCGCCGGGCGUCACCCGCACCCCUGAGGAGAUAGAACAAGAGAUCAAGAAAACAGAAGCGGAAUACGAGAAAUUGGCGCUGUUUGCCGCAAGACGUGAUGUGGACAGAGCCUCCAGUGGUAUGCCAGUGGCAGGAGCCGAGGAAGCUAUGGACCAGCAACUACGUAAACGACUACAAGUUCAACGAGGACAAAUUGACAUUACAGUUCAGAACUGGUGUGCUAUACCUUUGUUCCAACUCGACUUCUUCUUAUUCGUGUACUUCAUCACUAAAGUAGGUACCCGUCCUGAAAUGCUUCCACGCCUUGCUAUCAUCAGCUUAUCGGAGCGCUUCGGUUACAGUCAGCCCCAUCAUCGCUCUCACAGAGUCAGACCAGUGGGGCCAAUAGGAAUAGCAGCGUUAAGGUACGGAAACCUGCCGUACCAGGGUUGGGACAUGAAGCCAGAUCCACAGGGCAAAGGCGUGCUGGUGACCGUGACCGGUGUUUGCGUGACUGUCACGUGGUUGUGUCUCGGGUCCACGGUCAGACUGAAGUGGAUAGCCAACGCACCCACGUCGGCACUGAAGGAGCACUACAAUAAGCCGUUCAGCGUUAAAAGGAUGGCGCAGAUAAUGCGAGAAGCUGCGUGCGAUUUCUUCCCUGAUUUCGACGCCUACAACCACGUGGAGGGCAGCUGUGCCAAAGAGUGGGUAGCGGAGCGGCACAACUACCACGCGAUGGCAUUCCUCUCCAGGGCAUACAACUUUCAAUGGAGUAGAUGGAACGCAGCAGCUGGCACUCGGAAUAUCGUAAUGCAAUUUCGCGAAGCGGUUGACAAGAAACGCGAAGGCAAACUUCAGCUGUUGCACGUGACGCCGCAGCGGACGUCCGUGCUCAAAUGCAACGAGAUGACGCAAGAAUUCAAUACUGAACCUAUGAUGGGCUUCCCGUUCUAUCCAGAUCUGUUCACUCUAAACAUGUCAUACGGCUCCGUGGACGCCAGAAGGGCGACAUUCAACAUGAAAUACAAGCUAGUAGAAACAGUAUUCAACUUAUUGCAAGAAUUGAAGUUAUCAAGUUUCUCAUAGAAUUGCAAUUUUUAAACUAAGUGAAAUUUUUUGAUAGUUCUAUGACAAUUCUACAAAACAAUUUUUCAAAUGUAGAAUAUUUAUUAGCUUAAAAUCGCCAUUAAACUUUAAAGUUCGUUUGUGUAACUGUGUGUAAGAAACAAUAACAGCGCCAUCUCGUUAAGUAGGCGGGAAACAAACGAGAUUAAUAUCUUUUCAUUCAAAGGUGUGGUACCUUGUUAUAUAAUUGUUGUUUAGAUUAUAGGGUACCCCUACAUGAUAAAGAUUACAAUACUCUAUUUUAGAGUACGGUUGACUACCUCAGAUAGAUAAACAAACUACUAUUAAUAAUAAACUUCACUGAUGACUGCACAAUUUUUGUAACAUUUCUAUGGCGAAACGAUAACGUCUCAGAAUGGUCAAAAAAGGGUAAUUUUAUUAUCUACUUAAGUUUUCGAUUUAAUACAACAGUUGACACGACACACUUGACACGUCAAUAAAAAGGAGAAUCAAAUGUAAUUAAAACUCAAUUUUUACUAUAAACAAAAUCUAUUUAUUUUAUGGAUAAAAAAACUUCUAAUAGUAAAUAAGGAAACUAUACUCCUUCAGUCACUAAACGCCAAAUAAAAUUGUUAUUUUAUUAGAAAUGCGUUUUCUUUACAAACACCUUUGCGUAACAUAUGAUUCAAUGGCAGUUGAUUUUCGUUUACAUCAAGUUUCUUUCUCAAACUUUAAUUUUCAAAAAAGGAAAAUACUUUUGUGCCUGAUAGUACUAAUUUAAGGGGCAAGAUUAAGGGACUUUAUAUUUUCUUUAAAUUAAUGUGAUAUUUAUGUUGUUCGGAAACUUUUACAUCAAAUUAAAUAAAGUAUCU